CCGCCAGUGCGCUAGUGGAGCUCUCCGUGCCGGCAGGCCGCGUCUUCCCUUGUUGAUGUUGAUAACUUGAUGUAAACAAACGAAGUGCACCUUGUUUUCCAAGUCGGAAUUCUAAUAUUUUAUGCAAUAAUUACACGUGUAAUAACUUGCCAAACUCUCCGGUUACAGACCAUCUAUUUUCUGUGAUUCCUCCACCGUUGGAGCCGCAACCAUCACUUCAUUUGCCUAGUUUUAUCGUUGAUAGUCAGUGCGUCGUGUGCGGCCCUAGGCAUUUAUCACCUAUAAGUCGGAAAUAAGUAAUUAUUUCCAAAAAUCUUGGUUCUUCUUUGUGCUUUUGCUCUUAAAACUCCCCUCUCGAAUUCAAUAUCAAUCGGUGGUUUUUCACCAGAAAAUAUUCCCUUAAAAGGCGUCCUUUGUUGUUGUAUAAACUAACCUAUAAUCUCGAGUUUUUUGUUUCAAUCUCGUCGAAAUUCAUUAAAGUGUCCCGUCGUUUGACAGUGAAUGUGGUAUAGAGCAUUGCGUCUCACCUUCUCUCCUUAAUUUUUCCUCUCUCUUCUGAAGUAUGCUGAUAUUCUAUGGAGCUGCGUUUUAAUUGUCAUUCUGGAUUAUAUCAGGUGGAAGGGUAGAAUGCUAUGACUCGGCUGGGGUGCUCGCUGCGUCAUCACCGAAGAAUCCACCCGCGCGGGCGGCGGAGAUGUGGUCGAUAUCCCGGCGCGGCUGGUGUCUCCGGCUCAGCGUCGUGCUCAACGUGGCCGUGCUCUUCUACCUGGCGGCCCACCUGGCCCCGUUCGACACCCUCGGCCUCGGCCUGGGGCUCGGGCACGGCGACCCCCUCGGCGGCCCCCCGACGCCCCUCGAGGAGUCGCAGGCCUCCAGCCGGAACCUAGCCUCCUACGACGCCGCCCUCCCCGAGUCCGGCACCGCCACCGAGCUCCUCAACUACCCCCAGGCCUCCGCCUCCGCCUCUGCCGCCUCCCAGGACUUCUACCAGUCCGUCCGCUCCGUUUUUGAUGGGACGACCUAUUUCCACGCGACCCCGAACGGGACGUUCUCGACGACCCUGCGACUGCCAGGCAACGGGUCGAUGACGGGCGAUUCGGGGGCCUCGGGCUCGGGGCAGGGAGGCGCCCACCCCUCGGGGCACCCCCCGACGUCGACGCUCAACAUCACCACCUCCGAGUCGACAACCCACCCCCCGCCGCCGCCGGCCCCGACGCUCAAGGACAUCGUGAACUGCAACGACAAGUCGGCGCGCCACUACCUGGCCCAGAAGGGCGACUUCUGGGUGCUCUACAACUACGUGACGCCGGCCAAGAGCUUCCGCUGCUGGGAGUCCAUCACCUACACGACGCACGCCGACUACAGCUUCCUGGACAAUCUGCCGCCGUUGGUGGAGCGCUGGCGCGGGCCCGUCUCCCUCGCCAUCCACGCCCCGGGCACCGACUUCGCCCCGACGCUCAACACCAUCAACUACCUCAAGUCCUGCACCACCCCGCUCGUCAACGACUACGUCACCUUCCACAUCUACUUCAACUCCCAGCAUUUGCCUAAGGUGAUCCCGAAGAAGCACACGCUCUUCACGGAGCCGUACAACUGCUCGCUGCCGCCACCGUACGCCAACGUGAACACGUCGACGAUGUACAAGAGCCUGAAGAAGAUCCUGUACCCGGUCAACGUGGGGAGGAACAUUGCCCGGGAGGCGGCCACCACGCACUACAUCCUCGCCUCGGACAUCGAGCUCUACCCCAGUCCGGGCAUCAUCCCCGACUUCCUGGAGAUGAUCCAGAGGCAGGACCCGCCCCUCCGACGCAAGAACCCCAAGGUCUUCCCGCUCUCCAUCUUCGAGAUCGAGGCCAAGAUGAACGUGCCCAGGCACAAAGCCGAAUUGGUUGCCAUGCUGAAGAACGGCUCGGCGAUACCUUUCCACAAGAAGGUGUGCACGGGCUGCCACAAAGUGCCAAAGUCGAAGGAGUGGAUGGCCAAAGCCAACCGGAACAAAGGCCUCCGCGUCUUCCACAUCGGGAAGCGGACCGGGGAGUUCAUCCGGUGGGAGCCCAUCUACAUCGGAACCCACAGCGACCCGCUCUACGACGAACGACUCAGCUGGGAGGGCAAAAGUGAUAAAAUGACUCAGGGCUAUGCAUUGUGUGCUCUGGAUUACGAGUUUCAAAUAUUGGAUAAUGCAUUCCUAGUCCACAAACCGGGAAUAAAAACACUGAAAAAGAAUCCGGCUCGAGACAUGCUGACAAGGAAAACAAACACGCUGAUCCAGAAAGUAAUUUGGCCGGAGUUGAAAAUUCUGUAUGGGUUCAAGAAAGGCUGCUCCGUCUGACCUUCAUUGAAGCCCAGAUUGUCGGGCAUCAUUUUUAAAAGACUGCUCAAGUCCAGAUGACGCUUAACAAAGUUGCAGAAAUUUGCUCCUCCUGAAUUGCUUUCACCUGAAACAUAGUGGAUGCUGUUUUGUUCUGUUUCUUUUCAUUUUCGACGUACCAAUAUUUGUUUGUUAGUUUCCUAUUAGUGAUAAUUAUCAUAAUGUCUUGUGUAUAAAAUCUGUAAAAACAUGUAAAUUCCUCCCUCUUUGUUCAUACUUUUUUUUCAAUUGACUGUGAAUCACUCUAAUUUUAUCAGACUUUUGUAAAAAAUAUUGCUCAUCCACAGUAAUCACAGGAACUAGGUGCACAUUCAAACUUUGAAGAAAUGCAAGAAUGCACUCUGAUGCUAGCUAAUAAAAGACGUUCGGUGUAGUUUUCAAACAGUUCCUGCCUUCGUUUUAUGGAAGCAGUGCAGAACAGUUUGAGUUUUUAAGUGCCAAAAAGAAACUAAUGUUUGUGCUGCUCAUGAUUCUUUUUGCAGUAAAUGUUCGUUUCCUUUGACAGAUUUUGAAAGGUUAGCUAAUCCCAUUUAUCAGAAAAUAAUACCUAUUUAUUGAUUCAUUUUUUUUAUUUUUAUUUUUAUUUUUUCCCCCUGAAAUUAGUCUCUAUUUACUAACCUCUAGAAGUCUUUUUUCUGAAAUCCAUUUUAAAUGUUUGACUUAACCCUAUAUUACCUGACUCAGCUAAAUAGAGAAACUUGUGUUUUUGCCGUUAGAAGGUAACUCCUGUUCCGCCUUUAUUUCUUUUUAUUUUCGUCGCUGAAUUUGACAUAACCUCUUCCCUAAUCAAACUCAAGCAGGAAUAUGUGAUAUGUGAUUCGCUUCGUCUGCAGUUUUACAUUCUCCCGAUUUAUGUCCCAAGGUAUUGAAGAGAAAUCAUGGAAAUGUUUUUUGUAAUGACAAAAGCUCGUAUCCUUGUCUCUGUGUUUUUCAAUUUUAUGAUGCGCAUAAUUUUUACUGCAUAAAAAUUUCUCUAGUUCUGAGAAAAUUUAUUUUCCUGGUAAAAUUAUUUUAAGCUGCUGCAUAUCAGUAAAUUUUUGCUUCAUCAAAUAUGCAUAAUAAUGUACGUUUCUUAUACGUUUGCCGAUAAAUCUUGAGCAAUCAAUUUUUUUAAAUUUCCAGCAGUUGAAUGAUUUGUUUUCUGUUGCUAUUUUUGAAAAAAUUAAAUUGUUGUAAAUUUGAAUCUUUGUAGGUAUUGUGAAAAUUUCUCUUGCGCUUGAGAGCAAUUGCUUCAUUUGCUCUUGAGAUUGUAAAUAUUCCCUGAAACGACUGCUUAAUGUUAGAGGUAUUUGUGGGGUGAUGCAUUUAACUUCACAGCCACCAGAAAGUUUACUGCUUGUUCUGACAAAGAAAAUUUUCCAAAGCAUUGAUUAUAAUGUUCGAAUCUAUCUUCAUUAUAAAAUCAACAUCAUUAGUGAGUAAAAAAAAAUAAGGAAUAUUCUUAUAAUGCUCACCACAUUUAAAGCAGAUUUUGUGUUUUCCUCCAUUUUCUUUCUCAGAACUGGCAGUUGAAGAGUGUCUCUUACUUUGACUACUGCUCAAUAUAAAAUUUAUUGUCUCUUGUAUAUUUUUGUUACUUUAAUGGUCUUUUAUGUAUUUUUGACCUAAGUCUUAUUUUCUUUGUCACUUUUGAUAAGACAAGAAUUUGUCCUCGUGUUGUUUUAUUAUCUUUUCAUGUAGUCAUCCAUUGGGAUGAUCAAAGAGGGUACUAAAGGGGCAGAACCAGACUAUGAUCACAAGUAGUUGUGUUAGCCGCCUAAUACACUCUUAACUGUGCGAUAGUAUGUCCUUAGAGAAGGGUAGGAUUAUUCCCUAACGAGAAUUUUUCAAAAACCUAUGAUUAUAACUCUGAUUCUUUGCUAAAGCAAAAUGUAGAACACUUGAAUGCUAGAAAAAAAGCAGUAAAUCUCUAAAAAGUGACCAACACUAUAGGAAUUCAGACUGGAUGAUUUUUUGUCAAUGCUUUUGAAUGCUCUGGAAAGAACUGCAGUCCAUUUUUGACAGUGCAAAGAACCAUAUUGUUGUAGGUUACCCUAGUCUUUAAGUAUCCAGAUUAGAAGUGCAUGUAUCCUGAUCUGUUCAUAGCCACUCUGCUCUCGGUUUUUGCUUAUUUUAGAGGGCAGAUGUACAAAUAAAACAACACGGAAAGCAGUCUCGGAAGACAUUUUUGGCAGUUUAUAUCAAAGUUUUUGGUUUAAGGCAAGUUUUCUUGUCAUUUUAUGAGGGUCUUUUGCAAAAUUAUUCACUUCUCUCCUUCCCUCUAUCAAAAUAUUCUUAACUUGGCAAAAUUCUGUAUUUUUUGUGAAAUUAAUCUUACUGGAAGUCUUACUUAGACUUUAAUCUACGAUUCAUUUUUUAUUUUGAUUGCCUUUCUCUUAUAAUCGUGUGCCUUACCACAUCUUGUGCAUAAAUCAAGCAAAGGUAUCAUUUUCCCUCUUAGCUUAAGCUGAUGACUUAUAAAUAAGUAGAUUAUAGUAUGUAAAACUAUUACAACUCAUCUGCAGACCAGCUACUAAAAAAUGCAGUUAAUUUUGCUGCAGUGAGUGGUGGUUUCUAAACAUAUUUACACAAAUGUCAGGUUUCAAUCCGAUUCGUAUGAUUCUCACCUGCCUCUGUAUCCUUAACAGGUUUGGUAACUUUAACAAGUUACAAAAUGCAGGAUUAGUUGUACCCUGAUUGUUCGCCUCACAGUUACUGAAGCUUUUGUUAAAAUUUUCUAAAUUGCAUAUAUCUAAUACUCGAUGUUGUUUCCGGUUUGGUGUAUUUGUGGGAAUGAUAAGGGUUCUGAAUUCCUCAGUGACAGCGUGAAGGGGCUUGCUAAAGAAGGAGGUCUCACAUAUUUGCGAUUUAAAGGGGGAAAAUUUAAUGGGAUUUUAUUUCCUAUGAAGACCUUUAGUCGUUAUUUUUUCUUGCUCUUAAUGAAAAUUACAAAUGAAUAAAAGUGGAAACUUGUUUUGAUUUCGCUCUUGACCUCAGAAUUGUAAACUAACUAUUCUGCACAAAAAAUGAUUUAAUAGUGCAGUGUUCAUAAAUAAUGCGAUUUUAUGUUCUCACAAAAGUUCAGAAAGAAACCAAUUUUUACUCUGUCUUCUCUUUCUCCCAUCUUAGUUACAUUCAUAUAGUGAAACUGCAAAAAUCGCAACCCUGGAAACCUUUCCACUGACAAAAUUAUAUAAUUUCUGGCAGGGAAGUCCUUCAGAGAUUUUUUCUAUUCCAUAGAAAAACAUUAUUUCAUCCAGUUUCAAGUUGAAUCUUACUUUUCUUGCCAGGAAAAAAUUUGGGUUCUCCAUAGUCUUUGUAUCAUUUUUUAAAGUAAGAUGGACUAUAACCAUCAAGAAUUUUGUCUAAAACUGGUGUUAAUAAGGAUAAAUUCAAAUAGAAGCUGGUAGACCAUACUUGAUAAUCUUCUAAGUUGAUACAAAAGUCACGCCCAGCCAUUAAUUUUGAGGGUAAAUUGGUAUUCAUCAUUGCUCUGCUAUCCUUUUUGCUCGCCAUAAUGUUAUCGAAUUAAUUUGUGAUACUCGUUGGUUAGUUUGAAAUAACCGCAUAUCAUGACUGUCCUUUUGCAUUCUCACAUCUAUUUGUACUUUUAUUCCUUGUAAGUAUGCAUUGUCCCUGUUCUUUUGUAAUGAAUUAGUUCAAUUUUGUAUAUUUUUUGAGUCCAUAAUAUUGUUUAUAAACGUGAUGAUUGUUCUGAUGGAAAAUUUCUAAACAUGUAUUUUUUAAAAAGACUAUGUUUUUUAAGAUAUUUUAAUAUAAGUAAAUUAUUUUAAUACAAAA